AUGAAGGAUACGGAAGGCGAGAAGGUGCCCGUCAAACAUGGAAUUCUGGCUGAGGCGAAGGAGCUCAAAGUGCAGCUUAGUGCGAUUGAGGCACAGGAAGCCACGCUACAAGAAGAGAUCGAAAGCCGGGCUCAAGACUUGCCCAAUCUCAGCAGCACGCACACGCCAGUUGGGACCGAGCCCGAAGUUGUUGGAUACAUCAAUGAAGCUAGGGCACCCGCCGCGUUUCCCUCGGACACAGUUUGGAGAUCACACGUCGAGAUCGGCCAGGAGUUAGGGAUAUUGGACUUUUCCGGCUCAGCGCAGACAUCCGGUUGGGGCUGGUACUUUCUUGUCGGCGAUGGUGCAUUGCUCGAGCAAGCGCUCGUACAAUAUGCUCUAGGCGUUGCCAAACGGAGAGGUUGGAAAGCAGUCGCGCCACCUUCGCUGGUAUACUCGCACAUAGCUUCGGCUUGCGGUUUCCAGCCCCGAGACCAGAACGGCGAGCAGCAGAUUUAUGCGAUCGAACAGUCGGAGAAAGACAAAUCGAAGCCGCAAUUGGCGUUGGCAGGGACUGCGGAGAUUCCUCUCGCAGGCAUGAAGGCAAAUCAGACUAUCGAAGAGUCACAACUUCCGCUCAAGACGGUCGGAGUGAGUCGAUGCUAUCGCGCAGAAGCUGGUGCUAGGGGCGCAGACACCAAGGGUCUCUACCGUGUGCACGAGUUCACCAAAGUCGAAAUGUUCGCUUGGACCAAGCCGCAGCCCGACGAAGAGCAUUUCAGCUCCUCCGCCACAGACGAUUCAGAGGUACUGUUCGAGGAGAUGCUAGGCAUACAGCAGGAAAUUCUUGAAGGUCUUGGUUUACACUGUCGCAUACUAGAAAUGCCAACAACAGACUUGGGUGCCAGCGCGACACGAAAGCGCGACAUUGAGGCUUUCUUCCCGUCCCGAAGAGAGAAGGACGAGGGGUGGGGCGAAGUCACCUCUACGUCGAUGUGCACAGACUAUCAGACUCGGCGAUUGCAUACUCGCACGCGCAUUGCUGGCAAACUUGAGUUCCCGUAUACCCUAAACGGAACUGCUCUUGCAGUGCCCCGCGUUCUUGCGGCGAUACUGGAGAACCAUUGGAAUGAAAAGGAACGCGCUGUGACGAUACCUCCGGUUCUGCGCGUUUUCAUGGACGGCCAGACGACGAUAGAGAAGCAAUAA